GCGUAUACGUCACCACAACAUGAAGCAUCCAUCUUCUGGAUACAAGGCCAGGGCCCAGGGUUAAGAAGAAAACCCGAUCAACUGUAUGUAGGUAGACAGCUGGUAGUCGUCUGUUUGGAGGAGUUUUUAAAACAUAAAUUUUUUUUUCCCUGUCUCUGUGUAAUCGGUCUUGGAGCUCUUUUCGUUUGCCUGUUCUUUUUAUGCCUUUAUCUUGCAACCCUUCCCUUGCCUGAACAUGAUUACAUCAUCACCUUCUUUUGUCACAUCCUCUCUGCCACUGUUUCUUAUCUUCAUGGAUUGUCCUUCCUUCGCCUUGCCAUUCAAUCAUGGAAGACUCCUCGGGCAAGUCAAGAGAAGUUCCUCCUUAAGCAUCUGAAAGACAACGCCAACACAGAGUACAGCAAGAGAUUCAUGUUGGAGAAAGUGAAAUCUUGUGAGGACUUUCGGAAGGGGCAUCCUCUGAUCACCUAUGAGGAUUACAAACCUUACAUUGAACGCACCAUGGAGGGUGCUGCUAACGUCUUGAGUCCGAAAACCAUGGGUAGUUUUGUGAGGACCUCGGGAACCACAGGACCCUCAAAGUUCUUCGGUCACGCAGAUAGGGCGGGAAUCCUGCGAGAAAGAUGGGAUGUCUUGUAUGCAAAUCUAUGUAACCUCUGUCCAAAGCUUCGCCUCAGUCAGAAGUGGCUGUAUCUGUAUGCUACCCCAGUCACGACCACUGCAAAAAACGGUGGGACAAUCGAAACAGCUCUGACGUUACCGCCAUCUUGGGGACUUUACAAUUAUGCAACUCCAAAAGUUGGGUUCUUGAUUGCGUCUAUUGAGGCUUCAAAUUAUAUUCAUCUUCUAUUUGCCCUAAGAGAUUCUAGCAUAGGCAUUGUUUUCUCUCCAUUCAUUCUAAACAUUGAACACAUGAUGAAUCAGUUGGAACAGUCCUGGGAAUCCUUGGUCAGCGACAUUGAGCAUGGAACCAUCAACAAUACGAUCAUCCUGGAAAAUGCCAUCUUGGAUUCCUUGAUUAGACAACUUCAAGGUGGGAACAAAGAGCGGGCGGAGGAGCUUAGGAGGCUGUUCCAGCAGGGUUUUGAUGAUGGAAUCAUGAAACGAAUAUGGCCGCAUCUGGAAGUGAUACUAGGGAUAGAUGGAGGAGUUUGGGCCUCUCUCAAGAGAAAAUAUGCAAAAGGAAUAUAUCUAGUAUGUGGAGGGUAUGGUAGCUCUGAAACUCUGACGAUUGCUAUAUCUCCUUGGAUAUGGGAUGAAAGGCCACAGAUGGUUUUCUUAAAUUAUGCGGCGUUUCUUGAAUUCAUCAAACUUGAAGAUGUUGAUGAGAGUCAGCCCAGAACAUACUUAAUUGAUGAAGUGGAGGUUGGCGAGGAAUAUGAAGUUGUGGUCACCCAGGCAAGCGGACUGUAUAGAUCAAGGUUGGGUGACAUCAUUCGAUUUGUCGGCUAUCAUCAUAGAUCUCCUUGCUUUGAGUUUCUUUACAGGCUUGGUCUGACUUUGAAUGUUCGAAACGAGAAGAUGAAUCAGAAGGUUUUGAAGGAUGCUCUCCAUGCCGCUGUUUCUUGUUGGUCUGGAACAAGACUAGUCGAAUAUGCUGUGGCAGAAAGCACACUCAUUCCUCAAUCGCAUCCAGCAUUCGUGGACAAGCUUAUACCGUAUUAUCUGGUGUUUUUAGAGCUGGAGUUUACCUCUUCCCAGUUCACUCGGCAUGAUAUCACUAAUGAGCAUCUGCAAUUGGUUGACAAGGAACUGUGUGAUCGUAACAGUCUUUACAAAGACUUGCGUGACAGGGGUGGUAUUUCGCACCCAAGCGUGUAUGUCCUAAAACCUGGAACGUUUGACAACCUGAAGAAACUGGUGCUGAGAGACCAUAGGAUAAGCGCCAAUCAGUAUAAAAUCAGGAGGAAGCUGAGGACCCUAGAGAGUCUGCAGUUGAUGUUUGAUAGUUUAGAUGCUAAUAUAAUCUCUUCAUUAUGAAUACCAUGUAACUGCUGUGUUUGACACUAAAAAUUGGCUUUGACAGGUCAAUGGCCUUUCUGACUCCCUUCAUCCGCUUCAUUUUCUUUUCAUUUCUUUUACAUUUCUAUCAUUUUCAUAUUGUUUAUAUCAUUAUUUAAGUUAUUUUAUUUUUAUUCAUUUUACCAUUUUAUCCUUGUUUAUGUGAUUGUAUUUUUUAAAGAAUGUUAAUGAAUUGAAAUAUAUACUGCCAUACUUUGGCAAAAGGAAGCAAGAUCCAAAAGUAUCAUUUGUUGUAAAUGAGCAAUGUGUGUUUGUCAUUUACAUAGGCGUCAAUGCAAUUUAACAGCAUAUUUUCUUCAAUAUCUUCCCAUAGAACGAUCAUUCCUUCCCCAAACUUUGCCUGAACGUGCAACAUACAAAGGGUGUUUCAGAAACAACAAUAACUCAAAUUUGACUGAUCUGUCAGUUGCUUCCUUUUGCCACAGUUGGGCAGUAUAGUCCAACCUCCAUCAGUCUGGCUCAACAUACCAAGCUGGGCACGAGGUACAACUGAAAUCGAUCUGUUUGGAGUUUAAAGAUUUGUCUUACUCUUUGGGGUUUCUCCUCCACAGACGACUAGCCAUCUCUCACACAGUGCGAGGGAACUAUGCCCCCUAAGCUCAAUGUAGUAUUUUCCCUCAAAACUAGGGUUUUGAUUUGUAUGUGAUUCUUGUACAGUGCGAGUGAACAAAACAAAAAAACUUGACAUCUCCCAAAUCCCCACUUUAAGGGGAAAAUAUGACAUGAGCACAUCAAUUAUUAUAUAUGGCCAGAAAGAGUAUCUUCUCCCAAACAAUUUAAUACUACAUGUAUAUUAAUGUGGUAUGUGUUCACGCUUGGAUAAAAGGUCUUCUUUGUAGUGGUGUAAAUUUUGACUUGUGCCAAAGUAAGGCAUGACUGCAAUGAAUCCAGAUGUCAUUGUCAUAACCCUACAAAGGUUGCAUUGGAAUCCAUUCCAAAACACAUUUUCAGUAAUUUACAUUAUGAUUGUAUUAUAAUCAUAAACACUUUUUAGUAUUAAUUCUCAAAGUUAAUUUCAUUGAAAAGAGAUGUGCAAAUAUGCUAACUCGUGUAGGAUUGUGACAUCAUUGGUAUCUGGAUUCAGUCAUUGCAACAAUGCCUUACUUUGGCGCAAAUUGAACUUUACAUCACAGUACAAAAUAACUCCUGAUUAUCCAAGCGUUAACACAUACCACAUGAAUAUGGUAUUAAAUCAUUUGGGAGGAAAUACUCUUUCAGGCCAUAUAUAAUAAUGUAUUCAUGAAAUGUACUUUCUUUCAAAUGGGGAUUCAUGACGUGACAAUGUUUUUUUUUACUCACACAGUAGUGUGUAAUGUGUUAUAAACUUGCACUGAGGUGAUGUUGAUUACUAUAAAUCCUGAAUAAGUCUUGAAUCAUUCGUAGACCUAUAUUGUGAUGAAAAAUGUUUUAAUUGUAGAAAUCUAGAAAAUUUUGGGCAGAGAUUCCCUGUACAAGAAGGACUUUAGUCUAUGGAGGGGGUAUAGUAAGGCCUGGGCCCCGUCUUACAAAGAGUUACGAUUGAUCCAAUCAAUCGUAACUUUAUGGAAAUCCAUCCAUACCGAAGUACAGUAAAUUUUCAAGAAAACAAUGAAUGCAUGAAUAUACAUUAUAGUUAGAAAAUAUUUUGAACAAACAUGCAUAAUAGAUGUUGACGUUGUGAUUGAUCAGAUCAGUCGUAACUCUUUGUAAGACGGGGCCCAGGUGUAAUCCAGUGGAACAACAGGCUUUCAGUUUAGACACCAGCAAGAUCUUACUAUUGCCCAGAUAAUGCAUGUGUAGCACUUUGUCAAAUGGGUGUACAUGGAGGGAGUGAUAUUACUGAUAAUUAUGUUUUAGUACUCCAUUAAAAACACUUACUUUGGACUUUACGAUAUGCCUGUGAAAUAUGAGAGCACAUUAGAUGAAGCAGUGAAAUCUAACAAAUUCUCUAUCACUAUGCUUUUGUACAAAAUUUGAUGUUCUUAAGUUCUAUAUUGUGUAGUAUAUUAUGGUUUAAAAUAAUGAUUUAUGAAAGACUUGUCUCCAUUGGAUAAAAGAAAAUGUCAAUAUUGCUCUCUUCUUCGAUUCAUGUACUAUUUGCCCAACUCAUUGAAUACUUCUGUAAUCCCAUUUUAUAGUAGAGCCUUUCAAUAUAAUACAACUAUUGAUGUCUUGGGGUGAUUCACGAUGAGCCAUGAUCAAUUAAACAGCUGUAGACCUAUGAAAUGUUAUUGUCAAUUUUAUCGCAAUUAAAAAUGAUUUUAGCUGUUAAAGAAACACCCCUGGGCACAAUACCGAAGGAAAUUGGUGCUAGACGAACUUGCAUUUGUCUGAGGGUCGUAUAAUGUCACAAAAUAGUUUUUUAAAUGCCAUGAAAUCAAAUUUGUCUGAAAUGUCCAAGUAUGGUAUGUAUCUGCUUUUCAUGUGAAACAGUCAUAGAAAUGAAUCUAUACAAAUAAAUAUAGUAUAUAUUUUUAAUAGAA